AUGGCUGGCGGCGGCGGCGGCGGCGGUGCCGCAAAGUCUCCAGAAGAGCAACAAGCGGCUAUUAAUGCUGCCCUUGAAAACAAGGCUCUCGCGAACUAUCUUUACUACAUUUGUGCCUGUGUAUCGGCUGCUGUUAUCAUCUGGAGAGUCUGGGCUGUGAUCGUCAAAUAUGUCCGCACCGUUGCCUGUCUCAACAAUGACAACCAGCGGUACUUUGCUGAAACCGAUUCCAAGGUCUCUUGGCUGAAGAGAAACAUCCUUUACGCCCCCAUCUUCAGCAAGCGUCACAACCGAGAAAUUCAGAUGAGCAGUGCUGUCAACGUCGGCACCCUGCCCAGUCGUCUUCAGCUGCUGUUCCUCGCCGGUUACCUGGGCACCAACAUUGCCUUCUGUGUCAUCAACAUCCCCUUCGCCAGCUCCUUCUCUGCUGCAGCUGGUCAGCUUCGAAACAGAACAGGUACUCUCGCUGUCGUGAACAUGAUCCCUUUGUUCCUGAUGGCUGGGCGUAACAACCCUUUGAUCAGUUUGCUGGGCAUUUCGUUCGACACUUUUAACCUGUUGCACCGUUGGUUUGGUCGCAUUGUCAUUCUGGAGGCCCUUGCUCACACCUUGGCUUGGUGGUCAAACAAGGCCCAGGCUACGGGCUGGGAGUCUGGAUGGAAAUCCAUUGUCGCGGUACCCUUUUUGCUCUUUGGUUUCAUCAUGAAAGCCUUGCCCCAGCUCAAGUACCUGUGGCCAGUCGUCAUUUUCUGGGCCGGCGAUCGUGUCUGGCGCGCCUGUCGCGUCUUCUAUGGCAACUUUGGACACGGAGGCAGCAAAGCCCUCGUUGAGGCUCUUCCAGGCAACGCUUGCCGUGUAACAGUGACAAUGGCCCGCCCAUGGACCUUUGGCCCUGGCCAGCACGCCUACGUGUAUAUGCCUUCAAUAAGUUGGUGGCAAUCACACCCCUUUUCUGUUGCGUGGGCCGAAGAAGCGGAGGAUCCUCAGGCCGAGAAAAUGUCCCUCAACAGACAAGACAUCUUGGCCAUGCGCAAAACUACCAUGUCUUUCAUCAUUCGCGCCCGCACUGGCAUGACGGACACCCUGUAUCGCAAGGCGGCGGCCUGCCCUGACGGUCGUAUGACUACAACCUGCAUGAUUGAAGGACCCUACGGUGGGCUUCAUGGCAUGCGUUCUUACGGUACCGUUAUGCUCUUCGCAGGCGGUGUCGGAAUUACUCACCAGGUCCCUCACGUCCGGGAUCUUGUUGCUGGUUAUGCCAACGGAACAGUUGCCGCUAGGAAGGUUGUUCUGAUUUGGAUCAUCCAGAGCCCUGAACACCUUGAGUGGAUUCGCCCGUGGAUGACAGAAAUUCUGGCUAUGGAGAAACGUCGAGAUAUUCUUCGCAUCAUGCUCUUUGUCAGUCGUCCUCGUUCGACCAAAGAGAUCCACAGCCCCUCGGCCACUGUACAGAUGUUCCCUGGUCGACCAAACAUCGAGACACUCAUUCGGGCCGAGCAAGAAUCCCAAAUCGGCACGAUGGGCAUCAGUGUCUGUGGUCCUGGAGCUCUUAGUGAUGAGGUGCGCCGCGCGGUGCGCGACCGCCAGCAUGAUUCUGCUAUCGACUUCAACGAAGAGGCCUUUUCAUGGUAA